AUGGCACCCAAAAAUAGCGAUGCGUCCGCUAAAAAAGUUAUGAACAAAGGAGCAUGGACGGCUGAGGAAGAUAAGAAACUAGCUCAGUGCAUUGAACUUCAUGGUGCAAAAAGGUGGAAAACAGUCGCACUUAAAUCAGGUUUAAAUCGAUGUGGAAGGAGUUGCAGAUUGAGAUGGCUAAACUAUUUGAGGCCUAACGUCAAGAGAGGCAAUAUAUCAGAUGAAGAAGAGGACUUGAUUAUCAGGCUUCAUAAGCUACUAGGAAACAGGUGGUCAUUGAUUGCUGGGAGACUUCCAGGACGAACAGAUAAUGAAAUUAAAAACUACUGGAAUUCUCAUUUGAGCAAGAAAAUUAUAAAUCAAACUCAAAAGGAGAAAAUGCCCGAUGAGCCUUCCACACCCCAGACCGCCAUGCCCCAGAAGAAUCAGUUCAAGGAAGAGGGCACGAGAGAAGCUUGGAACUUGGAGGCUUACAACUUCGAUGUCAACGACUUCUUUGAAUUCUCCACUGAAGGAUCCUCUGGUUUGGACUGGGUUAAUAAAUUUUUUCAAUUUGAUGGGGAUCAGUGGCUCCGCGUUCGAGAAGAGGUGAGAAUUGUGUGA